AAAAUUAUUCCAUUAAACAAUCAUUGUCACUCAUUAUUAUUCACUCACCAUGUAUAUCUUGCAGCAAGUAAUUAUUUUCGUUUCAAAAUACUUGCUUUUGAUAUGAUAUUUUUUUCUAAUAACAAGUAUUAAAACGGAUAAUUUAUACUUUUAGUAUUCUUAAUCAUUUCCAUAUCCACUCUUCAACCAAAACCACCUCUAUUCUCAUAGUUUUAUACAAAAAUAUUACCAAAAUAUCAAUCUGAUUAAAUUUUUGUGGGUAUCAUAAAAUAAUCAUGGUGAUUAUGGUUUCAUGGUUGCCAAAAUGGAAGCUUUUGAGAUCAAUUUUAAUGGCUUCUUUGAGCUUUUUGUUGGCCUCCGUAUUAGUUUCAGCUGGAAGAACCCUGAACUCCCUCAAUAAUCCCACCUUUGCUUCUUCUAAUCAUCUUCUUUCUCAAUUUGUUUACUUUUUAUGGCGACCUGAUGAAUCUGGUUACCACCAUGUUUGGCCGGAAAUCAAAUUUGGGUGGCAAAUUGUUUUGGGAUCAUUCAUUGGAUUUUGUGGAGCAGCAUUUGGAAGUGUUGGUGGUGUUGGAGGUGGUGGUAUCUUUGUACCAAUGCUUAGUUUAAUCAUUGGGUUUGAUCCUAAAUCUGCAACUGCUAUAUCUAAAUGUAUGAUAACCGGUGCUGCAGCCUCGACUGUGUACUAUAAUCUAAAACUAAGGCAUCCAACUCUUGAUAUGCCGAUCAUCGAUUACGAUUUGGCUCUGCUUUUCCAGCCGAUGCUCAUGCUAGGAGUUAGUAUUGGUGUUGCUUUUAAUGUGAUUUUUGCUGAUUGGAUGGUCACAGUGCUUCUGCUCAUUCUUUUUGUUGGUACAUCUAUUAAAGCAUUGCUUAAGGGUAUUGAAACUUGGAGAAAAGAAACACUGAUGAAGCAGGAAGCUCUUAGGCAGUAUGCAUCCAAUGGUACCAAUGGUGAAGCAGUGGAAUAUAAGGCCCUGCCUAGCAGGCCAAACAAGGGAAAAGACGCAGAUUCCGUCAUCAAUAAUGUUCGCUGGAAGGAACUUGGUCUCCUUGUCUUUGUAUGGGCUGCAUUUCUAGUCCUGCAAAUUUUCAAGGAAAAAACAGCCACUUGCUCUACAACCUAUUGGGUUUUGAACUUAAUGCAGAUACCUGUUGCUGUUGGUGUAUCCUCUUCUCAGGCAUUCAGCUUAUACAAGGGGCACAGAAUAAUCUCCUCAAAGGGAGAUGUUACCACUAACUGGAAAGUGCACCAGCUUGUCUUAUAUUGCUGUUGUGGGGUAUCAGCCGGUAUCGUUGGUGGACUGCUUGGUCUUGGUGGUGGGUUUAUUUUGGGUCCCUUGUUUUUGGAGCUAGGAAUUCCUCCUCAGGUUUCAAGUGCUACGGCCACCUUUGCAAUGGCCUUUUCUGCUUCCAUGUCUGUUAUAGAGUACUACCUUCUCAAGCGUUUUCCAAUUCCUUUUGCGCUUUACUUCAUUGCUGUAGCGACUUUUGCUGCCAUUGUUGGACAACAUGCUGUAAGAAAGCUGAUAAUUAUUUUGGGAAGGGCAUCCAUAAUUAUCUUCAUCCUGUCUUUUACAAUCUUCGUUAGUGCUGUCUCAUUAGGUGGAGUUGGCAUCUCGAACAUGAUUGGAAGCAUUCAACGACAUGAAUACAUGGGAUUUGAGAAUCUUUGCAAGUACAAGAAAUAAGUCUUUCAAUCUUUUUAUUGUUUCUCGAGGUAACAAGACCUCUUGCUUCUUACGACAUUACACAAAUUCGGUUACAUAAAGUUGUGUGUUUCUUCCUUGAGCAAUGUUGCUGUUUGUUCCAUAGAUUUUUUUCCAUGUAAAAAGUAUACCAAUUCUUUCUGUAUAAAUGUUUUUUUCCUUUACUUUUCGACGAAAAAGAUGGAUGAUGUAUCUUAAGCAGUUGUUGAUUGUUUAUUCCCACGAUUUCGUUGGGAACUGGCGAACGAGUGAUUAUGUUCUCCGAAUUCAGUGAAAUCAUAGUUUCAAUUUAUGUUUGUGCUCA